AUGUCGAACCUUGCCAAGCUCGAAUUUGUGGCCCUUGAUAUUACCAGAAAGAAUUAUUUAUCAUGGGUGUUAGAUGCUGAAAUACACCUAGAUGCUAAAGGGCUUGGUAAAACAAUAAAAGAGGCUAAUAAGGCAACACCUCAAGAUAAGGCUAAAGCCAUGAUUUUUCUUCGCCAUCACCUCCAUGAAGGGCUCAAAAAUGAAUAUUUAACUGUGAAAAACUCACAAAUCCUUUGGAGUAAUCUAAGGAAAGAGAAAAAGGUUUUAAAAUAUUCUGAAUUAAUAUCCUGUCUUCUUGUGGCUGAGAAAAAUAACGAGCUGUUAAUGAAAAAUCAUGAAUCAUGUCCUACUGGCUCUACUCCAUUCCCUGAAGCGAAUGUGACAACCCAUAACGGGAAAGAAACUAAAAACAGGGACCAUUCCAGCAGUAGUGGUCGAGGUAGAGGUCGUGGUCGUGGCCAAUGGCGCGGCCGGGGUCGUGGACGUGGAUAUGGUAGAGGUCGUGGAGGAAAGAAAGGAAAGAAAGUUGAGGCAAACCUUAUUCUUGAAGAUGGUGAAGGUGAUUUUGAUUUUGGCAAUGCCAAUCAAUUUGAUGUUGGUGAUUUCCUUACUUUCCCGGAAGGGAAUAAUUUUGAUUUUGACAGUACAACUCAUUUAGAAGUUGCCGAUUUCUUCACUGCCCCAGAAGGGAAUAAUUAA